AUGGCUUCUUCUUCUUCUUUCCAGAUCUACAAGUCCCUUCUCUUUUUCGCCUCCUUGCUGUCUGCUGUGCAGGCACAAAAUGUUGGCACCCAGCAAGCUGAGAUUCACCCCAGUUUGACCUGGCAGACUUGCAGUGGUGGUGGCAGCUGUAGCGCCAACCAAGGUGGAGUCACCGUCGAUGCGAACUGGCGUUGGGUGCACACUGUGGGUGGGUACACCAAUUGCUACUCUGGCAAUAAGUGGGAUACCUCUAUUUGCUCGACCGAUGAGGAAUGCGCUGCAAAGUGCGCUGUUGAUGGAGCUAGCUACUCCUCCACCUAUGGAGUCACCACCUCCGGCAACUCCCUGCGUUUGAACUUUGUCACCCAGUCAGCCCAGAAGAACAUCGGCUCGCGUCUGUACCUCAUGUCCGAUGAGAAUACCUACGCUAUGUUCAAGCUGCUCAACCGUGAGUUCACCUUCGACGUGGAUGUUUCCAACCUUCCCUGCGGUCUCAACGGUGCCGUCUACUUCGUCGCCAUGGAUGCCGACGGUGGUUUGGCCCGUUACCCAACCAACAAGGCAGGCGCGAAGUAUGGUACUGGAUACUGCGACUCGCAGUGCCCCCGCGAUCUCAAGUUUAUCAACGGCUUGGCCAACGUCGAGGGCUGGGUACCUUCCUCCAAUGACCCGAAUGCGGGUGUCGGAAACCACGGCUCCUGCUGCGCGGAGAUGGAUAUCUGGGAAGCUAACAGCGUCUCCACGGCAUUCACUCCUCACCCUUGCAACACUCCUGGUCAAGUGAUGUGCACUGGUGACGCCUGUGGUGGUACUUACAGCUCUGACCGCUAUGGUGGCACCUGUGAUCCCGAUGGCUGUGACUUCAACUCCUACCGUCAAGGCAAUAAGACCUUUUACGGACCCGGCAUGACCGUUGAUACCAACAGCCCCUUCACCAUCGUGACCCAGUUCAUCACUAAUGACGGUACUGACACCGGUACCUUGUCCGAAAUCAAGCGCUUCUAUGUUCAGGAUGGAACCGUGAUCCCCAACUCCGAGUCCACCUGGACUGGUGUUAGCGGCAACUCCAUUACCACUGAUUACUGCGAGACUCAGAAGGAGCUAUUUGGCGACCAGGAUGCGUUUUCCGUUCAUGGUGGCCUGGCUGGUAUGGGUGCAGCUAUGGAUGAGGGCAUGGUUCUUGUCUUGUCUCUGUGGGAUGACCAUGCUGCCAACAUGCUUUGGCUCGACUCUACUUACCCUACCGGUGCUCCUGCCACCCAACCUGGUGCCGCCCGUGGUACCUGCUCCACUAGCUCUGGUGUACCCGCUGAUGUCGAGGCCAGCUCGCCCAAUGCACAUGUUGUCUAUUCCAAUAUCAAGUUCGGACCCCUUGGCUCUACCUUCAACUCCGGCAGCUCUAGUGGUGGCUCCUCCUCUUCUACCAGCACUACCAGUGCGACCAGUGCGACCAAAACUACCACCACCACUAUGAUCACUACCACUACCACUUCCACUACCACUACCACUACCACUUCCUCUGCCAGCUCAACUUCUACCGGCUUGGCUCAACACUGGGCACAAUGUGGCGGCAGCAGCUGGACUGGUCCAACUCAGUGUGUUAGCCCUUACACUUGCUCCAAGCAGAACGACUGGUACUCCCAGUGCUUAUAA